AAGCCGCUGGAACCGAGGAGACAGAGCAGGGCAGGGCAGGGAUUGCUGUGCCGUGUUAACUUGCAGCGGCGCGCCUGCAGCGCGCGCGCGCGUCCGCGCCAAUCAAACCUCGGUCAAAUUCGCCUCCCCGCCCCUAGCCGCGCGUCGCGUCGCGUCCAGUCUCUGCCUCUCGUCCGCUGCCGCGCUUUGUAUUCGCUUUGAGAGCUUGGACGCGGCCGGCGAUGGCGUCGGCGCCGGGGCAGUGGGCGUGGAUGGCCGCGGUUGCGGCGGAGGAGCUGGCGAAGCUGGAGGCCGCACACCCGGGCCGCCUCGGCCCGCUCAAGGACGAGCUCAGGCGCCUCGUCGCCGAGCCCGGCUGGGACGACGACGACGCGUUCGCGCUCGCCUGCCUGGACGGCGGCGCCCCCGCCGGCUGCUCCUCCCCCUCCUCCUCCUCUCCGCCUUCUGCACCGGCGGACCUUAUGUUCACGCAAGAGUCCUCGACCAACAAGAGGAAGUGGUGCGGCGGCGGCGGCGGCGCGGUCGGCCGCGAGCAGGGGAAGCGCCGGAGGAAGAAUGCGGCUUCCGGGGUGAAGGACCGGGCGGACAUGGCCAUCGACCGCGCCAAGAAGUGCCUGAAGAAGAUACGCGCCAUCAAGCGGAGCUUACUUGCCUGUGUCACGGAUUGAAACCAAGGAGGGAAAAUCGUGCUAGCGGCUACAAGGAAGGAGAAAUGGAUAUGGAAGUACCGGAGAUGAUGGGUGGAAAACCAGGAAAUGGAAUUGGCCUUUAUCGAUUGCCUUUUGGCUUGUACUACUAUAUUGUUUGCCUUUUUGCGAUUGGAAAGUGGCACCAUUUCGUUGAUGCGGUAGUUUAGCUUUCCCAAAAGGAAACAAAAUGCUAAGUACUUUGAAUUAUUGCAGGAAAUCAUCUAACGCAAUGUUUAGAGCACUGGAUUUUAUUUCUCUCA